AUGGCUAAAAGAGGCCCAAGGACGAUUUCAGCUGUCAUUGAAGAUAUUGGUUAUGGUCCGAGUCAAGUCCUCACUAGCUUCGUCGUCAACGGCUCCUGGCUGGCGGAUGGGGCAGAGCUUUUGGUGCUAAGUUCGAUCUCGGCUAGCCUUGCAGCUGAGUGGAGCCUCACUCCAAUCCAAAAAGGAUGGCUAAUGUCUGUUGUCUACCUGGGCGUCCUGCUUGGAAAUGUUCUUAGCGGCAUCCUGGGUGACUGGCUUGGGCGUCGGCACGCUGUGCUCAUGUGCUUUCCAAUUGUGGCUCUGCUGAGUUUGGCAAGCGCCGGAGCGACGAGCUUUUGGAUGCUUUUGCCAUUGCGCUUCUUUGUGGGAGUUGGCUUCGGCACCGGGCAGCCCAGUGCCGUCGCCAUUUUGAUGGAGAUCUCACCUGUGCAGUCGAGAGCAUUAAAUCAAGGAUUCGCGCAAAUGGCUUUUGCCAUGGGCGAGCUCUACUGUUGCCUCGUGAUGUGGUUGGACGAUCCUACAUUGGAACAUUUAAACUGGAGACGGAUGUUAACAGCCAAUGCGCUUCCAGCUGUGUUUUUCUGGUUGGUUGCUUGGGCCUUCCUUCGAGAGUCUCCAAUCUUCGCGGCUGCGACCGGUAAACGCGACGAGGCCUUGAGCAUCUUGGAGGACAUGAGCAAGCGGAACGGGCGUCCCAAUGUUCACACACACUUCGAUGCAGUUGAGGAGACAAGUGGCGCAGGGUCAAUUCCCUUUUGGAAUCAGUUGCCUACAAUCAUCAGUGCUUCGACCGCGGUUCUUUGUUUGGUGUGUUUCUCUUAUAACCUUACUAUCUAUGGUGCAUUCACAGCGUUUCCCGAGCUUCUGCCACAGCUGUUGAAGCGCACCCGCGAGAGUCCAGUGGCUGAGCUAGCAAGGGGAGCCUUUGUCGAGAUUCCCGGCGACCUCUUUGGCCUCUUGGCCGGUCUGGCUUUGCCGAGGAAGUGGGUGCUCUAUGGCUACUUCAUUGGCUUGGGAAUUUCCAGCCUGCUGUUCUGCAGCAGCAACGAAUCGCUGGUUUUGAUAGGGUACUACGGCAGCAAAGCCUUUCCUCAAGUUGGCUCAGUGUCCUUGUACAUCCUUGCCGCGGAAAGCUACCACGCGAUUGUCCGGGCUUCUGGAACGGCAACUGUCCUCAGCUUUGGUAGAAUCGGAGCGUUCGUGGCACCCUUAUGCUAUGAAUUCCUUUUUACCACAUUCGGUACACACAGAGCCUUUUUCUACAUGUCGGCCAGCCUGAUGCUAAUAUGCUUCGUGCUCACAGCGGCUCUGGUCCCAGAAACGUUUCGUGGAGUUUUGGCCUACACGGAUCCUACCUUUGAAGAGACCUUCCCCAUCGCAGCUGGCUUCAAAACCACAGCCACGCACGGAGCGGUCCCUCCAAGGGAAGACAUGACUUAA